GCGCGGCCGGGGCGCGUGUCUGUCAGGAAAAGGGCUCUUUUAUUUUUAAAGGCCAACCGGUUCGGGUCGGUUUGUUCUGGGGAAGUAUCACGCAUACAUGCGUUCUUUCACUGAAUGUGGUUCUUGUUUGGCCAACAAAUGUGUUCUUCCCGGGUGCCACUUUUCAGACAUUGAUAUGUGGCAGGGAGGUAUUUUAUAUCCCUUUCAAGCGAUUAACACUAGUGUGUACUUUACGGGCCUCUACUCUCCUCCAUGAUUAGCAUCCAUUCUGCCUACCUACACCUUCUUGUGAAUGAGGAAGAAAAAAAUGUCUCAAAAGGAGAUGAAGGAAGCUUUUGUCAGUAACCACAAUGGAACAAGCGUGCUGGAAAUCACCGAGGGCUUGUGCUUGCCUGCACUCUGUAUCCUGUGUAGAGGGCUCCUGAUCAUUCUCUCACAGCACUUCCGUUCUUCACAAACCCGGGGAACUCGAUUCUUCAUUGACUUUGCUUUCCUAAUAGUUCCCCUGGUGACCACUUUGACCAUUUUCGCUUCAUUUGUCCUCCUUGAGUAUCUUGUUAUAAUUAUCUUCGGGGCAGGGCUGCUCUAUGAAAUAUACUACAGGAGAACUUGCUAUGCCAGAAUGCCUGUCCAGAAAAUCCUUGAAAAAUUCUUGAAAGUCAGUCUAGAAUCAGAAUACAUUCCAGCCAUCUCCUGUUUCCGUGUAAUUAACAGUGCAUUUACUGCUGUUGCCAUUUUGGCUGUGGACUUCCCACUUUUUCCCAGGAGAUUUGCCAAAACCGAGCUCUAUGGGACAGGAGCAAUGGAUUUUGGAGUAGGAGGCUUUAUUUUUGGGACUGCAAUGGUUUGUUCAGAGGUCAGGAGAAAAUAUACAAAAGGGUCUAGACUUAGUUAUCUUACAAAGUCAUUGUAUUCUGUUUGGCCAUUAGUCUUCCUAGGAAUGGGACGAUUAGUCAUUAUAAAGUCUAUAGGUUAUCAGGAACAUUUAACUGAGUAUGGAGUUCACUGGAACUUUUUCUUUACCUUAAUAGUUGUGAAAUUGGUAACAUCACUGCUUUUGAUUGUUUUUGCCCUAAAUAAAUCCUGGAUUGUGGCUGUCAGUAUUACCAUAGCAUACCAGCUAGCUCUUGAUUUUACCCCACUGAAAAGGUUAAUUUUGUAUGGCAGUGAUGGCAGUGGCACAAGGGUUGGUUUAUUAAAUGCCAACCGAGAAGGAAUAAUCUCUACCUUGGGGUACGUGGCAAUAUACAUGGCUGGUGUUCAAACAGGGUCAUAUGUACUUAAACAAAGAUCACAUAUCAAAGACUGGAUAAAAGUAUCAUGUUGUAUUCUGUUGACAGCUACUGGCCUCUUCAUAUCUCUUUACAUAGUUCAGGUAAAUGUAGAAGCAGCAUCUCGAAGAAUGGCCAACUUAGCCUUUUGUAUUUGGAUAGUCGCUUCUUGCCUGAUCCUUCUUAGUAGUUUAUUACUGGGUGAUGUAAUUUUGAGUUUUGCCAAAUUUCUAAUUAAAGGGGCAGCAGUACCAUGUUCUUGGAAACUUACCCAGUCACCUGCUGCCAAUAAAAAGCAUUCAGAAUCUCUAGUCUCUGAAGCCGGAAGAAAGGAACCUACUCUUUGUUUAAUCACAGCUAUGAACAGAAACCAGUUAAUUUUUUUCUUGCUGUCAAAUGUAACAACUGGCCUAAUCAACCUGUUGGUAGAUACAUUACACAGCAGCACCCUGUGGGCCUUAUUUGUGCUCAAUCUCUACAUGUUUACCAACUGCUUAAUUAUAUAUGUGCUACACUUGCGAGAUAAGAGGGUAAAAUUUUGGUGAUCAAUAUGGUAUUAUAUGUUUUGAGCAAUAUUUUAAUGAGGAAGAAUAAAUGUAAAAUGUGCUUUUGGCAACCCAGUGUUAACUGCACUUUAUUAUAAGAUUGUUUCAUUCCUACUCUAUUAAUAGUGAUGUUUAAUAUUUUAAAUGUACCUCAGCACUGUGUGUUGAUAAAACAAACCAAUACAGAAGAAACAAAGCCUGUGACUUGUUAGACUAUUUAUACAUUUCAGUAUUUUAAAGAAACUGUUGUGUUUACAGUUGUGACACUGGAAGAUUGGAGGGUGGGGAGGAAGAUGUUUACUUUCCAUCUUAUAUCACCUAUUAUUUUGUAUUUUUUGUUGUAUGUAUUUUGUAAUAAUUACAUAAAAAUACCUCAGUUGUGGAAAUGUCAACACUACUGCUCAAUUUUAAUCUUUUUAAAAGCCUCAGCAUAAGAAAGCAAAUGUUGGGGCUUCCUAGGUGGCGCAGUGGUUAAGAAUCUGCCUGCCAACGCAGCAGACACAGAUUCAAGCCCUGCUCCAGGAACAUCCCACAUGCCGUGGAGCAACUAAGCCCAUGUGCCACAACUACUGAACCUGUGCUCUAGAGCCCAUGAGCCACAGCUACUGAAGCCCACAUACCUAGAGCCUGUGCUCCACAACGAGAAGCCACCCCAAUGAGGAGCCUGUGCUCUCAGCAACUAGAGAAAGCCCGUGUGCAGCAAUGAAGACCCAACACAGCCAAAAAAAAUAAUUAAUUGAAAAAAAAAAGAAAGCAAAUGUUUAAAAUCAAAUACUUGUAAACUCAGAAAACAGUUAAAUGCUCCAAAGAAUAGACUGAAUUAUCUGUUGUGGUUUAUACACUUAUGAGACAGUAGUUUUGCCUUCAGACAUUCAUUUUUUUAGCCUACUCUCUCUCUGCUAGGGAUGAUAAGUAAAAGUUUCCUGAUAUCUUGGAGCUAGCAAUCUAACGGGGGAAACAUAUUAAACAACUGUUACAAACUGUGUUAAGUCAUGAAGUAUAGGUUGCCAAGAGUGUCAAAUCAAGAAUUGACUUUAAAGUAGUCAAGAAAGUUUUCCCCACAGAUGGUAUUUUUUUGAGCUGGAGCUGAUGGAUGGGAUGAGGAGUUAGUGUUUGUAUGUCUGGGGAGUAGAGGGGCAGAUGCUGGUAAGGGAGGGGCUAAACAGCAAAUAUGACUAUUGUACUAAUUAGUUUACUUCCAUUUGUUACAUUGAUGAUGGCUAAUUUAGUCUAUGUGGCAUUUUAUCCUUGCUAACUACAAUCAGUUAUAUUUGGAGGUAAUCUAUUAUUGAAAGAAAUUUCCUCCUAAAAAAAUGUCUAUUGAAUAGUUAUAUAGCUAUAAAAACAAAAGUCAGAUUAGAUUUUAUUUUCAAUUAAAAAGACUUAGAAAUUUAACCAAUGAGAUUAUAGUACGUAAAUGAAGCAUGACUAGGAAAGGUGAUUGGUUUUCCUGCUAUGGCAUGGUGCUCAUAUCCUACAACUUACCUGUUCAGAGCAAUCAGAGGAGGCUGAGGCUCUAACCAUACUGUCCUCUCAUUGAAAAAACUGUAAAGUAUUUGAUGACUUAAUGAGCAUGUCUAAUUGGUCUUCUGCUUCUUGUCCUAGGUAUUAAAUCUCAGUAAGUUUAUGUCUCCCAAUUAUAGAUAUUGAAUCAUAACUAAGAACAAAAUGUACUGUGUGUUUUUUCCACCUCCAAUUAGGAAAGUCAUGUAAGAGAAAGCUAAUGAAAUUGCAUUCAUAAAAACAAAUUAAUAAGAAAAAAAAGACCACUCUGACUUGACUUUAGUUUAUAGAAGAGAAGGAUGUUGUUCAAUAAAGAUUUAUUGAGUUCCAGUGUGCCAGAUAGAGGUGCCAGGGAAACAACAGAAAAUAAAACCCAGCCCUCAAAGGGCUUACAUUUUAAUUUGUGGAUGUUAUUUUUCCUUUAAAAUUUUUUUUUAGUGGGGAAAAUGUGUCUCUAUUUUUGACAGAUAGAACUUCCCACUGUCAGGUCAUGAAAAAGAAAACCCAAUUCACAGAUACUCAGAUCUGGACAACUGUGGUAAUUUAAAUAACAUUCUGCUGUUGAUUUUACUACCACAUAAAACAAUGUGGUUACUAUAGCAAAAACAACAGUAGGUAUUCUAAUGAGUUUUCAACUAUCAAUUUUUGAGGACAGAGAAGGGAGGGGGGAAGAGAAGAAUGUAAUCUAGUCUAGGACCUUAUCCUAUCUAUGACUCAUUCCCAUGACUUUAAUUUUACACAGUUAUAAACUGGGGGUGUCUACCACUUGUGUAUUAAUAGCUUUGUGUUCAGGAGAUGAUAAUUUUAUUUUCAUUGAGCACUUUGUCCAAUAUGUUGUGUAAAUUAUACAAAAACAUACUUUGCUCCCUAGGAAUUUGUAUAUAGUCUAUGAAGACAGGAAUAUAAGGAACAAAUCACUAUUUUUCAUUUCUUUUAA